GUCAUCGCGAGGCUGUUGUUUGACACUUUUCCCCCAGACAUCAUCACUACUCAUUCUGACAACUUCUGGUUGCCGCCACCAGUUCAAAACCAAGAGGGCCAAUCACUUCCCGGAGAAAUGUGUCGCUAGCCGUCGAGCUUCACCCUUCCCCAUCUCCUACGACCGCCCAUCACCUCCCGUCAUUCUCGAACGUCGGUACCUUAUUGCGCACGUCGAACGGCUAUGGCUACCAACUCGACAACAACCCAGAGCUACAAGCAGCUCAAAGAGGACUUUGUCUCAAACCUGUCAGGAGGCUCCGUUUCUGAAAUCGCACAAGUCUGCGCCGUAGCACCUGUCGUUUCGCUCGUCUGGUCCGUCCUCCAAGCUCGACAAUCCUUCUUCAGGCCCUACACACCACUAGGCUAUGCCAUCGACUUCCUCCUCAAUGUCGGCGCUCUCCUGCUCUCAGUGACGCUAUACUCCUCCGCGCCCCUGCUCCUCAACCUGCUUCUCCUUACAGUCGCCGCCUUUGUCUACAUCGUCCCCGCCCAUACCCGAAGGAAGAAGCCCCAGCUUCCUCCCAAUGCCCAGUCCAAGAAGAGCUCCUCGGAGCAAACCCUCGGGGUCCUCUCCACCAAGCCCUUCUUGACCAACUACCGCGGCAACAUGCUUAUCGUCACCUGCAUCUGCAUCCUCGCCGUUGACUUUCGUCUGUUCCCCCGCCGCUUCGCCAAGGUCGAGACAUGGGGCACUUCGUUGAUGGACAUGGGCGUCGGCGCCUUCGUCUUCUCGGCCGGCGUCGUCGCUUCGCGGCCGGUGCUCAAGGAGCGCGCCGAGGGCAAGGCCACACCCCUGAGCACCCGCCUCAAGACGUCGCUGCGCCACUCGCUGCCGCUCCUCGUGCUGGGCUUCAUCCGCUUGUUGAGCGUCAAGGGGCUGGACUACGCCGAGCACGUGACAGAGUACGGCGUGCACUGGAACUUCUUCUUCACUCUGGGCUUCCUGCCGCCCUUUGUCGCGCUGUUCCAGUCCGCGCUCAAGGUGGUUCCCUCGUACGCUGGCCUGGCCCUUCUUCUGGGUGUGGUGUAUCAGGUCCUCUUGGAGACCACGUCGCUGAAGGCCUACAUCUUGACCGGACCGCGAACCGAUCUCUUGUCCAUGAACAGGGAAGGCAUCUUUAGCUUCUUUGGUUAUCUAGCCAUCUUCCUUGCCGGCCAAGACACCGGGAUGCUCGUUCUCCCGCGGACCUUGAGCCGCACCAGCGGCUCCAACAAGAUCAGCGGCACCGUCCAACGUAGGUCUCUCCUGCUCAACUUGGCCGCUCGGUCCCUCGUUUGGACAGCACUUUACUUCUUCGCGACCGAUUAUAAGUACGGCUUCGGCCUGACCGUGUCCCGCCGCAUGGCCAACCUGCCGUACAUGCUUUGGGUGGCCGCCUCCAACGCCGUCCUGCUUCUCGCCUUUUACCUUGUGGAUGCGCUCCUUUUCCCUUCGUUCUACAGCGCUCAGGACGCCAAGACCGAGAAGGAGCUGUAUGACACGGCGACGAGUAAGGUGCUGAGGGCGUAUAACCGGAACGGACUGGCCGUCUUCUUGUUGGCGAACUUGUUGACGGGACUGGUCAAUAUGACGGUGCCAACGCUGGAUGUCGGCCGGGUGGCAACGGUGGGGAUAUUGGUUGGAUACAUGGGUGUUUUGACGGCGGUGGCGGUUGGGUUGGAUGUGUAUAAUGUUACGAUCAAGUUGUGAGGAUAUGCAGAGUGAUUGUUUGCUGUAAUGUUGAUCAAGUCACAUUGAGUAACGCCCCUCAAGGGGAGCCCACUAAAAUUGGACAUCUAACUUGAGUAGCUAAUGGUACCGUCUUUGUUGAAGUGUGGAAGAACUCAUGUUGGUUGCCGUCGUGUAAAUUUUGGAAAUGAGUGUGCAAACGGAGGAAACUACUGAAUACAAA